AUGGCAGAAAAAUCCCAUAAUUGUAUUCAAAGUUUAGAACAUCCAGAAGUUUCACCAUUGAAUGCGCAUUUUCAAAGUGAUAUACCCAUGGUUUACGUAGAUGGGGAAAGCUUCUGGAAAGAUGGGAAAUAUUUGACAGGAUUUGUGGUAAUCUCAGGAGACGGCCAAAAGCCUAUUUUGAAGAGACUGCCAGGAUACAUGUCAGCCCAAAUGGCAGAGUUAGAAGCAGUAAAAUAUGUUUUACAUUUUGAGCCUGUUAAUAUUUACAGUGAUAGUGCCUAUAUGGUAAACUCUUUAUGUUUAAAUAUGGCAGUUUGGGCCAGAAGGGGAUUCAUCAACAGUGUUGGGAAACCCCUCAAACAUGCUCCGGUUUUACGAGAGUUAUGGGCAUUGAUUACCCAAAAUGGCUUACAGGAAAAAUUUAGUAUAGUUAAAAUUAAAGCACAUCAGAGAUGUUACACAGUAGAGGCUAGAGGAAAUGCUUUGGCAGAUACCGAAGCGAAACAAGCAGCUGAAUCAGGUGGAGGAGCAAAGUUACGUUUCUGUUUUGGCACAAAAAAGAGUCAUCUAGGACUAUAG